AUGUUCAGUAGUUCCGGACUUUGGUCCGAUGCAGUCAGUUCCGGGCUUAGGCCUGAUGCAGUUAGUUCCGGACUUCGGUCCGAGGCAGUUAGUUCCGGACUUAGGUCAGAUGCAGAGGGCAGGGCCUUGAAACCUUCAAUCAGACGCAAAGUAAGAGUGCCUGAAUGUCCUCGGACUUCUGAACUCACUUUAGGAGGUAUUGGGUUUGGAUUUGACCCAAUCAGUGAUGAUUACAAAAUUGUUUGGAUAUCAUAUGAAAAAGAUAGUUCAUUUGUUUAUGCAGUGAAGACGGGCACUUGGUGUGAAGUUGCUUCCCCUAAACCUGAGUUUACUUCUGUUUUAUAUGAGACUUUUUUAUUCAAUGGAGUGUUGCAUUGGGAAGUAACUCGUGAUCAUAUCAAAUCACAAGACAUAUACCCUCCUUCCUAUAUACUGACAUUCGAUUUGAGUGCUCAUGUUUUUGGUAUGAUUCCAUUGCCUGGACCCACUUGGGAUUGGCUAACAACAGGAAUAACAACCAUCCAAGAUUCUCUAGCUUUGAUUUCUUAUCGUAUGGAUGUUGAUCAUACUUGGAUUCGGGUAAACUUCCAAUUGAUGGAGCUUUUCAAUUCCAACCACAACCGCAAACGACCAACGAGUGUAAUUUGUUGCUCACUACUUAUGGGGAAGGGUUCCAAAUUUAUAAUCCCAAGACAGGGGUGCGAUCAGGAGUACUUGGAUUCAAUGCUGCUUCUAGUUUAA